GCCGCCCUGGGGGGUCGCGCGACUGCGGGCGGGGUGGGCCGGCCCUGAGCGCGCACGCGCCUCCGUGAGGGAGGCGGGGGCGCUCGCUGGGCUCUCUGGUCCGUAAUUUGCAUCGGGUCCGUCGCGGGCGCCUGUGGGGAGAUGGUAAUGGAGGAGGAGAGCCCGGGCCCCUCAAAGCCUGCAGGUGACAGGUGCCCCCGGCAGCGGGAGAAGAAGGACAAGCAGCAGUCCUGCGAGGGAUUCAGUAUUAGAGCCAUGAUGAAAAACAGCGUGGUAAGAGGGCCCCCACCUGCAGGAUCGGUGAAACAAAGACCAGCAAAACAUUCAGCUUUUCGCAAGUUUUAUGACAGAGGAGACUUUCCAAUUGCUGUUCAGCAUGAGUGUGUAGGAAACAAAAUUGCCUGGAAGGUAGAGAUUGAGGAUCUGGACUAUCAUUACUUUCUGCCUUUAUUCUUUGAUGGGCUUUGUGAAACAGAAUUUCCAUAUGAGUUUUUUGCUCGUCAAGGAUGCCAUGACAUGCUGGAGCAUGGUGGAAACAAGAUUCUUCCUGUUGUUCCUCAGCUCAUUAUCCCAAUAAAAAAUGCACUGAACCUUCGUAACCGACAGAUCCUCUGCACCACACUGAAAAUCAUCCAGCACCUGGUGGUGUCAGCUGAAAUGGUGGGGGAGGCCUUGGUGCCCUAUUAUCGGCAAAUUCUCCCAGUCCUAAGCAUCUUUAAGCACAUGAAUGUUAAUUUAGGUGAUGGGAUAGAAUACAGCCAGCAGAAGCGUGAAAAUAUUGGAGUUCUUAUUCAAGAGACCCUGCAACUCUUUGAACGCUACGGUGGAAAAAAUGCUUAUAUAAACAUUAACUACAUGAUCCCCACUUAUGAAUCGUGCAUGUAAACUGAAUUAUAUUAAAUGAGAUGAUUCCAUCUGUGCUCUAAAAAAACUGUAUCUGACUCUGUAUGGCAUCUUGUUAGUCAUGCUUUAUCUUCUCUACAGCUGCUAAAAUAGUGGCUUCUGGGGCAUUGGAGUGUUAGCACUAUUGUGAACAAGGCUUUCCAAUGCAUAAAUAGUGUCUGUUCCUCUGAUUACAAUGGUGUACUGUGCUUGUUUGUUCCCUGAAAGAAUCACUCCUUUAUAACAGAGCUGACUCGAACAGGAAUCUGAGUUAAACCUUCACUUGUGUAGACAAUAAAACUAUAAUUUUCAUACGCGAUUCAGCAAUCGCUGUUCUGUGUCCGCUUGCCCUGAGGGUGAUGUCAGAGGCUGUAACAAGAAGAGUUUAUGCUGACUGCUUAAUAGGUGUUUGUCAUGGAAGAGAAACACCAGUUCAGCAGUGCCUCUCUAGCAGCUGUGCCGAAUAAUGUGCACUGACAUACAAUAAAACUGUUGAAUGUAUAUACCAAUUGCAGCAGGAAAAUUUAUAUUUUCCAUUAUAAAGCACUGUCAUUGAAUUAAUCCAGGUUUCUUACACAUUCCUGUUCUCAGCUUCCAGGUGUUUACUCAUGGAACGUGGGUUCCUCUUGGUGAGCAUAAGGCACAAGCACAGUUUCAAAGAAAAGAAGCCCAGAAAAAAACUUGAAUAAAUCAAAUGGAAGAUACAGCAUACAUAAAGUAUCAGUCCCUAGUGACACUGUUAAUCUGGGUAAACACAGAAUAUACACGUACAUUUUUAAAGGGCACUUGGUAUUUUUGUAACUGCAAGGUUGCUGUUGCUUUUCUGUUGGAAUGGUGUGUAUGUGUGCAAACAACGUAACUAUUGCUGUAGGAAUCCCUUCCAAUUUCCUACUUAGUUUCUCCCUGCAUACCCCUAACACAGAACUGAUAUAAUCAUGGAUUUAAGAAAAGCUACUGAGAUCAACUUUAUUGCUUUUUAAGCAUUUCUGUGGAAUAAACC